CCAGUCUGAGGUGACCUAAGAGAAGGGGAAGGAGAUGGAAGACAACGAUCCAGGAGGCCCUGGGAGUGGCAAGACAACAAGCAAAGGCCCUCAUCCCAUCCAAGCUGGGAGUGGUGUUGAAUUCUGGGAAAGAGCUGUGUCACCGAUUCUGGCUAAAGACAGCAUAACCUCAGAUGAACACUGCCAACGCUUUCGGCAAUUCCACUAUUGUGAAGCCGACAGGCCCCGAGAGGUUUGCAGCCAGCUCCAUGGACUUUGCAGCCAGUGGCUGAAGCCAGAGAGGCACUCCAAGAAGCAGAUCCUGGACCUGGUGAUCCUGGAGCAGUUCCUGGCUAUCCUGCCCCAGGAAAUGCAGUGCUGGGUCAGAGGAUGUGGGCCAGAGACCAGUUCCCAGGCAGUGGCCCUGGCCGAAGGUUUCCUCCUGAGUCAGGCAGAGGAGAAGAGGCAGGCAGAACAGGUGAGGGGGUUUUCUCCAGAUGGGUCCCAGCAAUGA